ACGGUGGAGGUUCCAAAGUGGGGAUUAUUAUAUUCAGGAAAAAGAAAGCAAAAAUAUUGUUUGGAGGAUGGGCACGUGCCUAUGGCACUCCGAGUGGGUGCCCGGCACGUGUCGCGGUGGCGAAACCGAAACUCGUCGUGGACCAAUAGAAACGCAGUAACUGAUCGGAUCUUAAGCACCCAGCUCCCAUCCACGAACCAUAUUUGAUAUCCAUGUCCGUGCCACGUGUCGGUUUUUGCGUGAUACCUUUUGCCCAAAUUAAAAAAUAGUAAUAAUUUUUUAAAGAAGAAAAUUCUGCGGGCUAGUUCAAGUUGGAGGAUAGUAAAGAAGGGUCUGGAAAGGAAUCCCCACGCGUGAGGUGAACAAACAACGAAACCAAACCAACGCUUCCCACUCCAAUUUCUCUGAAUUUUCUUUCGCUUCUUAUUCCCAAACUCUGUGAUUUAGCACGAAAUUUCAUCUUCAGCUUGAAGAUUAGAUAACGUGUGGGAUGGAUUUGGUGAAAAUGAUGAUCAUAGAGUGCCCCAUGCUAGUGACAAACAUAAUAAUCAGUUUGUAAUACAAGGAGAUAGCUGUAAGAAAACACGUCUUGAAUUACAUGGUAUCAGAAAUAGUGAUUAUGUGAAUAGCUACGGUACUCAGGGUAAAGAGGAAUUGUACUUAGAAAAUAUGAUUCAAAAAGAAAGAAUGCUGGAAAAGGAUUCAUGGUCUCACACACCUGAAGGUGUGUUUUCUUCAUGUGGUAGUGACUCAAGCAAAGAAGCCAAAAGGCUAACAUCAGAUGACACGGGCAUGCCCGAUCAUUGCUUCAAGAGCAGUAAUUUAGAUUCUGGUGGUUGUGAGCUCUGUGAAGAUGAUAUUAUCUUGGGAGACAAGUGUGUGGUGGAAAAUGAUAGUGUCUGUCAAUAUCCAACCAGUCACAUAUCCCAAGUUGACAAUGAACUCAGUUUUCUUGAUAAUGAUGGGUGGCUGGAUAUAGGAGACUUUGAAGAUGUUGACAGGAUGUUAAGUUGUGAUUUAACAUUUGGAGCGGGAAGUCUCAAUAACGAAGAGGAGUUUUGCUGGCUCUCAUCUUCUCAUGGUGCUGAAGGUUCUGAUGAUGCAUUGAAGUCUGACUUCAAGUUUUCAUAUGCAGAAAUGAGUCCAUUGAAAAAUAUAUCAGAUUAUAAUAUGGAUUCCAAGGAAAGUAUUGUAGGUCUUCCGAUCAAUGAUCCCAACCAAAGAUCAUCUGCUCUUGAUGAAAAAAUCAGGUCUCAAAUGGAUGUUAUUGACAAUGGUGUCCCUGCUCCAUUAUCAAUGUUCAGUGAGAGUGAUUCAGACAUGAAAUCUGUUAAUAUAGAUGACUUGCUGCCCAAAGAAAAGCUGCAGAGGAAGUUGCCAAAGCCAUCAGCGGGAAGGCGAAAAAAUGGUUACCUACAAAAUGGUGGUUCUGUGCAUCCUUAUGCUGAUCCAGAGCAAUGUGCAGAUACAAAGCAAUCCUUUGGAGCCUCUUCCAGUGGGGUUACUUCUCUUGAUAGCAUCCAGAAACAUAAGUUGAACAUAGAUUCUGAUUCUUUAGGCUGUAUACAGACACAAAUUCCUAUGACACGCCCUGACUAUAGUCAUGCUCCAAAUCACACUUCCCUCUUUCCGACUUUGUCUGGAUCAAGAUCUGAGCAUGAUGGACAUCUGUCUCCUUCUCUUAAAGAAUCAUCUUAUGCAUCAAACAUGGAGAGUUCCCAUGGUCAUUCUUUGGAGGCUGCGGCCUUGAAAACAAAAGAGAAUAGAGAAAAGUUGUAUAAUUGCUGUGAUGGACCCCUAAAUAGUAGUUUCAAAAAUGAAAAUACACCAAAUCAAAUGCCAUUUUGCAGUCCGGGUUCAGCUCAGCAAGUAGGUCAUCAUUUUGAAAAUGAAAAUGAAGGUCAUAGUGAAUUCCGAGGAGUUGGCCUAGGCUUUUCACCAGAAAUAGAUUCAUCAACAGUGCAGGAAAGCUCAUCCAUGGGCUCUGCUCUGGACCAAGCUUCACUUGAAGCAACUAGCUUUUGCCACCUGCAACAGAUCAUGGAUCAGUUGGAUAUUAAAACCAAAAUGUGCAUAAGGGACAGUCUAUACCGCUUGGCUAAGAGUGCUGAGCAUAGACACAAUAAUUCAAAUGCAAAUGGUUGCAUUGGAGACGAUGAAACAUGCAAAGCAAUGAUGGCGCAGGAUGCAAACAGGUGUGCCGGAUUAAUGGAUAUGGAAACUGACACAAACCCCAUUGAUCGGUCUGUAGCACACUUACUGUUUCACAGGCCCUCAGAUCCAUCAGUGUUGCUUCCUAACGAAACUUUACCUUUCAAAUCCAGUGCCACGAUGCAUCAUGGAUCAGUGAUCAAUCCACCAGUGAAGACUGAGAAACAGGUCUGUCAGGAAGAUUCUACUGGAGUGGAAAAAAAGGUUUUACGGGGUAACACCUAAUGAAAGUGAAACCAGCGUUGGCGCAUUUCGUUGUACAAUUUAUACUUUUCCGGUCAUUGUCGUAUAUGAUGAUGUAUAAUUAUUUCGGGCUAACUCGGAUCCCUUUGUUAAUUUCUGAAGCAUUUUUGCAUAGGAUGCCAUAAUACUAAUGUAACUUUGUGCUAAUCAAAUCAUCAAAAGGUAGCAUACGAUGAUUUAGUGUAAUGCUACGCUCGCAACUAUUUUCACCCGAAAGAUCACAAUUAUCCUGCGCAGCCCAUGAUCACUCAUCAAAUUAAUUUGAAACUAGCGUCACUUGAUUGUACCAUUUA